UAUACCAGAGCAGAGGGCAGAGCAGAGUGGCAUCCUCCCUUCCCUUCCUCCUCCCCUUCCCCCGUCGCCGGGCCGUCGUAGGCCGCCAGCCGCGGCCACCUCCCCCGUCCGCCCUCCGCCUCUCCCGCCAGCCCCUCCGUCGGCCCCCAGCCCCGUCGCAUCCUCCGCCGCGUCCUCCUCUAUCCGCCCGUGUAGAUCCGUCCGGCGAGCAUCCCGACGGGCUCGCCGCCGCCAGCCGCCCUCCUCAGCCGAGAGCGAAUCGAGGUCCGCCCAAGCUCCAAUUUUUCGUCCGGGGGAACCGAACCGUCCGCCGCCUUCUUCUCUGCUCAACUGAAGAGACGGUGGUUCCUCGCUGCUUGGUACGUAGGGUUCUCUGACAGCCUCCCUGUGAACCACCCAGAGCGUACCCUUGCGCCGGGUGGUCACCAGCGAGUCCCCAUGUCGGGGCUAGAGGAGUUGAAGAAGAAGCUGCAGCCCUUGCUGUUCGACGACACGGACAAGGGCGGCGUCAGUACCCGGGUUCCCUUCCCGGAGGAUACAUGCGAUUCCUAUGUGGUGUCUGAUGGUGGAACGAUAAAUUUACUGAGUAGAUCGUUUGGUGAGUAUAACAUCAAUGAGCAUGGCUUUCAUAAGCGAAGCACCGGACCAGAAGAGCCAGAUAGCGGUGAGAAGGCAUACCGAUGUGCCUCUGAAGACAUGCACAUAUUUGGUCCCAUUGGGAAUGGAGCAAGCAGUGUCGUGCAGAGAGCUAUUUUCAUACCAGUUCAUCGAAUUCUGGCCUUGAAGAAGAUAAACAUAUUUGAGAAG